AUGGCGAUGUCUGCAGAGGCUUGCAGUACCUCCGGUGCGCAGAGCAACUCUUGUAAGAAAGGCUUCGGCGCACCGGAUCGCAAUGGGUAUGUGAAAACACGCGUCAUCCCGCGGGGCAGAGACCCGGACUGUAAAACGUGGCUCAGGUUGAUGUUUAACAAACUCUGGAGUUCCCAGAUUCUCCGGAGUGCUGUGUGUGUGGGGUCACUCUCUGUUUUCCUAGCCGCUCUGGUCAAAUGCGCAGGCUGGGCAGCUGAGGCCAGAAGCAGCAGCAGCGCUGACAACACACUCUCGCACUCACAGUCCCCCCUCCACUUUGUUUCAGGCUGCACAGCCGAGCUGUUGCAAACUUGCUGGAGUGUGCUGUCGUUACUGUUCGCGCUCGUAUGUGCCUUCUUUUGGAUCGGCGUGUACUUGAUCCACUGCGGGGUGCUGAUCGAGACCUUCCUCUCCCUUCUGACCUUGUGCCACCUAGGCGAAGUCGCCGCGUGGUCUCUUCUGGAUGGGACAGAUGAACAGCUGCUUUCGUCCACCACAGCGGCCGGGGUUGUGCUCCUUUGCGCGGCCGCUGGCGCACUCAUGGUAGCUCGGCAUAAUCAGGGCACAUCGGUGAUCGUUUUCAUCAGCGUAGCCAGGACUAUCUCGCUCCUCUCGCUGCACAAAGUGCGGGCCGCCUGGAGACCGUACGUGGCGUACCUGGUCGGAGUGCUGGGCAUCCUGCUGGCGAGGUAUGCUGACAGGCUCCUUCCCAAACAAGGGACACACAAGGAGGGCUGCACCCCCGUGACUGGAACCAGGGAAGAGAUUCCUGUAUUUAAAAGGCGCAGGAGGUCCAGUUCUGUUAUAGCCUCAGACAUGGCACACAGUCAGUCCAACAGUAAGUCACACCGACGGACCUCUCUGCCAUGCAUCCAAAGGGACCAGAUGCUUUCACGUUCAGAAUGGGACCACAAGAGAGGCUCCCGAGGAUCACAGUCCUCAGGCACGACUGUGAUGGUGGAUAUUGCAGUGAUGGGAGAGGCCCACGGACUGAUCACAGACCUUUUGGCUGACCCUUCUUUGCCGUCCCACACCUGCGCAUCACUGCGGGCCGUCAGCAGCCUCCUAACCACCCAGCUAACCUUCCAGCCAUUACACAGACCGCGACCCGCCCCCCUGCUCAACCCCAGCGAUGCCUACACCUGCUCUGACUCAGAGGAAGGGCCCGAGAAAGGAGAGAAGACAUCCAUACAAAAGCGUCUCAGGCGGAGUUUCCACCCUGGCCUUCUAAGGAGGAUUUCUUCCACAUGGACGACAACCACCUCUGCCACAGGACUGCCCACCAUUGAGCCUGGACCUGUUCGAAGGGACCGCAGCUCCAGCAUCAAACCAUACCAUGAAACACUCACAUGCAGUUGUGGGAGGCCAUACAUCAGACUGACUCAUGGGGAGGGAUCUAUAGACAAGGCAGACAGGAUACCCCGAACAGAAGACCAGGUGGUUGUGUCAUCAGACUAUGACAGCACCCAUGAAGCCAACCAUAGUGACAGCAGUGAUGUAGCACACACAGAGGAGGACACAGAGGAAGGGAAAAAAGCCUCCCAGAAUGUCAUCCUCCAUGCACUAAUACCUCCCGAGGACAAACCCGCUCUGGCACCAGAACCAUUAGUAAUGGAAGACUUGGAGCCUUUGAUGAGUCAGUUAAACAAUUGGAACUUUCCUAUUUUCACCCUAAUGGAGAAGACAAAUGGAAAAAGUGGAAGGAUCCUUAGUCAGGUAUCUUAUAGGCUCUUUGAGGACACCGGCCUGUUUGAAACCUUUAAGAUUCCUGUUAAAGAAUUCAUGAACUACUUUCAUGCUCUCGAGAGCGGCUACAGAGACAUACCAUAUCACAACAGGAUCCAUGCCACAGAUGUCCUUCAUGCGGUCUGGUACCUCACCACGCAGCCUGUUCCUGGUUUACCCAGCCUUAUUAACGAUCAUGGCUCUGCCAGUGACUCAGACUCUGACAGUGGAAUAACACACAGUCAUAUGGGCUUCCUGGUUUCAAAGACCUGCACUGUGUCAGAAGAUGGAUAUGGCUGUCUGUCUGGCCUCAUACCUGCUCUGGAGCUGAUGGCACUUUAUGUGGCUGCUGCAAUGCAUGACUACGAUCAUCCUGGGAGAACAAAUGCUUUCCUCGUGGCCACCAGCGCCCCGCAGGCAGUGCUCUACAAUGAUCGUUCGGUCCUGGAAAACCACCAUGCCGCCUCUGCCUGGAACCUCUUCAUGUCACACCCAGAGUACAACUUCCUCGUCAACCUGGACCAUGUGGAGUUCAAACGCUUCCGGUUCCUGGUCAUCGAGGCCAUCCUGGCAACUGACCUCAAGAAGCACUUUGACUUCCUGGCUGAGUUUAAUGCCAAGGUGGGCGAUGAUCCGUCAACAGGUAUUGACUGGUCUAAUGAGAAUGACAGGUUGCUUGUGUGCCAGAUGUGCAUUAAACUGGCAGACAUCAACGGGCCUCUAAAGUGUAAGGAUCUACACCUGCAGUGGACCAAGGGCAUUGUCAAUGAGUUCUAUGAACAGGGCGAUGAGGAGUCCAGCCUGGGUCUUCCUGUCAGUCCCUUCAUGGAUCGAGCAGCGCCACAGCUGGCCAAACUUCAGGAAUCCUUCAUUACGCACAUCGUUGGACCGCUCUGUAACUCCUACGACUCGGCUGGCCUCAUACCUGGACGAUGGGUGGAGCCCGAGUUCGAGGAAGAAGAGCAAGAGAUCGCAGAAAGUGAGGAGGCAGAUGACGAUGGAUCUACUUGCUCUGAUGCAUCACAGAAAGCAGCUCCUGAGAAAAGGAGAAAAGUAUUUUGCCAGAUCACACAGCAUCUGCUGGAAAAUCACAAGAUGUGGAAAAAAGUGAUAGAAGACGAAUCCACGAAUGAGAAUCAAGGAGCAGAGCCAGUCCAUUUAAACAAAACUGCUGAACCAAUUCUUGCUAUAGAUGAAGAAGAAGAAGAAUCAGGCAGUAGGGAGGAGCACGUGGAAGAAGAGCAUUAUGAGGAGGAAACAGAGGAACCACAGUGGCCCAGGUUUGUUAGGGAAGACUCUCAGACUCCAGAGGAGCGAGAAGACAGUGAACCACAGUGAAAGCUCCAAACUCUGCUCAACCCCCUCAGUUAGAGACACAGCAUCAGUCAGGAUAAGGAUGUAAAGAAAUAUUCCUUUUACCUAAUCCUACUGACUCCUGUUUUUGUCAGCACAUUACUUAGACACAACACUGUAGAUGUUUGGGAAACGUGUGCCUACACAGAAAAAAACACAGGGUGGGAAAUUUUGUGCUUUACAUGUUUAAUCUGAAUAUGUGGUUUUACCAAACAUUUAUAUGGGUUUUUUCCAUAUUGCAAUAAGGGAUUAUUCACUGACUUUGGGAUACAGACUAUUUUGCUACUGUCAGGAGUUAAAGAAAAGCAGUUGCAUCGGUAUUAACUCAGUGUGGUAACACAGGACUGCAGAAAUGUGCUGCCAAUUUAUACAAACUUAUUUCCCGAAUGUGAUUAUAUAUAAAUAUCACCCUUGCUUGUGCUUGUGUUUCGAUUGAAGCUCAUCUUUUUCAGUUUGAACUGUGCUACAGUAUGUUUUUUUUUUAUCUUCACAUGGAGGGAGUGAUUCACAUGAGAAAUAAUCUUCUUCCUUUCAAAUCAUGGCAGAAAUAAUCCCUCAUUUGUGGGCUUUAGCAUACAAAAUCAAAUAUUUAUGCAUAUUAUGUUUGAUGUGUAUUGCCAAAUGAAGUACUUAACACCAUCAUGUGAGAUUUGUUUGAAAAACAUAGAGCUUUGCACUUUC